UUCACCACACACCCCUGUCGUGACUGCUGAGGCGAGGCCAUUCAGACAACGAGCAACGAGAUGCACAAACAUCAGAUGAGGCUGUGAUGUCGAAACAACUUUCUGAGGAUAUUUCAAAAGGUUAAAUAGAAAGACUUCUAAUAGGGUCACAUCAGGCUGUCCAAUAUGAUGAAAGAUUGCCUUCAGUUCCUCAUUGAGCCAGCCAAGAAGCUCAAGUUUCGUCUGAAGGAGACGCGGAAGAGAGUGAAACAUGUGAAGAAAGAGCCGUUAACAGAGAGUCAGCUGUUUAUAAUGGAGCUCGCGCGAGAACUCGACAGGAUCUGUCAGAGGUCAGAUAUUCUGGCUCACAUUUGGACCGGAGAGGACGUAUGGCCUCCACAAGCCUGUCGAGAGUUCAUUGUGGAGACCGCCAACAUCCUGGAGAUGAAGGAAGAUACUGAGACGCCCAUGCAAGUUUAUGCUGAUCUGCAUCCAGAAAAGCGGGACUGGAAGAAUCAGUUACUCAGCAUGCUGGAGCAGGGAGGAGAAUAUGACUUGGGCCCGUACAAAAGGAUCAUUUUGGACUGGACCAGAGGACAGCGCAACAGACACCCGCACGGUAUCUGGCCGGGUGAGGCGGUGUUGAUGAUGCUGGAUGACGUGGAGCUGCAGUGGAAGCGGGGUCACCAGUCGCACCUGCAGUCUGCUGUGGAGCUGCUCAUAGGGGUCGUGCUUGGGGAACAUCUGGACAAGGUGAAGUCCUUCUAUGACACCCAGAAGCGUGCACACAUCUACACAUACAGCAAGAGGUUCACAGAGAAGCUUUACCCGGUGUUUGGGACGGUGGAGAUGGUCCGCGAGAUGGUGAUCAGGCCUGCAGACCUAAGGGAGCGAUGUCUCUGUAAGGGACAAUGUCUGUUCUGCUAAUAAUGAACGCACAAUCCUUAUGCACACGAAUGUGAAAAAAUUACACACACCAUAAAAUAACAGUAAUUGAUCAAUCCUUACAAAAAAUAGAAGCAUAGAGAGAAUUUGACAUUUUUUUUUAAAGUAGCUAAAGCUGUGAAAUCUGCACCACUAGCAUCAAGGAAAUGUUAAAAUACUGUUGUUAAACAAUCUGACUGAACAAACAGAGAGUCCUGCCCAAGACUUGUCACAGAGAGAGCUGCAGUGAUGACUUAUUUCUGUAGGCCAAUCUGGAAAGUUUGGAACCCCAUAGGAUUUUUCCACUGGCUUUUGUACUGAUGGUUACUCAAAGUUUUGGGAUUUUUACAGAAAAUAAGAUCUGUGACCAAAAAGUUCAUAUUCACAAAUGAACACAACUUUUGAAGCCUAAAUACAGUCACCAGAAGUAAAAAGCUAAAUGUAGCCUAUAAACUAACUACACCAUGGUUGCAUGACUUCAACGUCACAAAUGUCCUUCUUUCAGUAUUUAUUUAAAAUAUUUUUUCCCUGAAAGUUUGAGAAUAGUUUGAAAGACCAUGAUUAUAAAACCCAGUGAGGCUGCGAAAGCAGACAUGUGAGAAGAUGAGUUUACCUGUUCGGCGUGAUAUUUAACUUCUAUAGUCCCAUUUAGCCACUUGUUAGCA